AGUUCGCAGUGAAAACCUCCAGUGACUGGAAGUGCAAUUCAGUGGAAGCGAAAAGAUGUCCCGGGGAAUCUUCCAGACAGUGUUGUUGGUGGCUGUUGUGGUGAACAGUGGUGAGAGUGCUCUCCAGAUUGCCUCCUGCGACACUGGCUCGAGUAACUCCACCCACUGCGUCUUCAGCAACUUAAUAGGCGGCAGCAUCAUCUUCAAGAGCCUGGCCACGGUGGAGUCGGUGGAGUUCAAGAACAGCAACUUCCCCAAAGUGCCCGUGACCUUAUUCUCCACCUACGACAGUCUCUCGCGAGUGGAUUUCUCCAAGUGCCAAAUGAGGCAAUUGAACGGCAAGACGACUUUGAGUGGUGCGAAGAAGCUCAAGUUUCUGGAUAUGUCGGAAAAUAACCUGGACGAGCUCGCGGACGAGGUGUUUUCCGAGGCCUCAGAACUCGUGGAGGUAUACCUAGCCAGAAAUCAAAUCUCAUCAGUGUCUUUGAAUGCAUUUGCUGGCCUCAAGAAGUUGGAAAUUCUUGAUCUCUCUUUCAACGUCAUUAAGAUUAUUCGAGGAGAUAUUUUCUGGGAUCUGAAGCAAAUUAAGAUCAUCUACGUGAACAACAACGCAAUGUCCACGAUGAAGAUCAGCUUUGUCAACAACACAAACCUCAUAGAGUACGAUGGGAGCCAUAAUGACCUCAGCGACUGGUCGCUGACCUUUCCAGGAAAGUCCAAAGUGAUUCUAAACCUGUCGUACUGUAAGCUCAAGAAUACUUACAGCAGUGCUGCAGACAAGGGUGAUUUAAUCAUUGAUGGGAACACUGUGGAUUAUAUAAAGAUCCUCGGUCAAGUGACCAAAGUGAGUGCGAAGUACAAUAAGCUGAGAUACGCGGAAAUUGAUCCUAAACUGCCCAUCGUAACGCUGGAGCUCGCUGGCAACUUCCUCACGGACAUUGGAAACAUCACGAAGAUCAAGACAGUUGAAAAAUUGGACUUGUCUGAGAAUCGCCUGAUGCCACUGGACUCCUCAACCUUCAAUCUCAUGGCUGAUCUCCGAGUCCUCAAUCUAAGAUCCACCGGAAUCUCCCUCAAUGAUAAGGAUUUCCUGGCAAACCAGAAGAAACUCAUCCAUUUAGAUGUGUCUCGAAAUGAGCUUAGUAGUCUCAAUUUGAGAAAUCUCAAGACUCUCGUGAGUCUCCAAAGUCUCUUCUUGCAUGAGAACAAACUCAGUGAAAUCAAACAUCUGGAGGAUAUCAAGGAAAUCCUCCCAAGCUUGACUACUAUUUCGCUCUCCAAAAAUCGCUUUUCUUGUUCUUAUCUUCAACGCAUGCUGCAACUUCUUGAGAACCUCCAUGUAAAUGUGCUUCUAGAUACGAAUAAUCUCGUCUCCUUGAACACCAACGUUCUCGGGAUCGAUUGCUUUGCAACGGAUGAUGUCACAGCCAAUAAUUCAAAGCCUCUCCAGAAGAUGCUCAUAUUUCGGGAAACUGCCCUGGAUUUGGAGAAUCGCUUCAGUUUGCUGUUCAAGAACAUCGACAGCAAGUUCACACAGAAUUUCAACAAUCUCGUGGACAUCCUACAGCCCACACUCAAAGGGUCAGGAGACAACCAAGAGUUUAUCAAGAGAGUCAUGACGGAGUUUAAUGAAGGCCAGAAUGCCAGAGCUGAAGCAAUUGUGGAAAAGUUAACAGGCAUCGCAAAGUCCUUUUCCACAUUUGAAGAAUUCAGAAGCAACUUCUCAUCAUUGAAGCUGGAUGAGAAGAUGUCUUUAAUUCAGAAUGACGUCAACACCGCAAAGAGAGCCAAUGAGGAGGCCAUUAAUGAACUCACAGCAAAAUUAACUGCUGAUCAGAAUUCCUUCAACUUUGACACUUUCAUUGGCAAUAUUUCUGACCAUUUGAAAUCUUCUGUUCUUCAUGCGGAUUCCAUUAAUCAGCUAUCGUCGAACUUCUCCAGCUGGAAGUACUUCUUUCUGGUGUCCUUCCUCUCUGCUGUGGCUGUGAGUAUCUUCUUUGGGGUGAAACUGUACAGAAAUCACAGAGCAUCGCUUCAAUUGUCCAGAGAACACCUAACCUCGUCAGAAAUGAUUUAAAUAAAGUGUUAACGUGAAUCAUUAAGCUCGCCUCGUGAGUUCAUUACAAGC